AUGGCAGAUCCAAGUCAGAACCAACCCCAGUCACAGAUUGCUUCUCUUGUUUCUCACGCUCUUUCAUCCUUCAACACUCUCAUUUCAGCUCUCGAAGACCGCCGAGUGCAAGCCUCAGCUUCGUCUAACCUUUCAAGGUUCAAAUUAUGGGCUGGAAACCUCGGGGCUCAUCGUCCAUCAGGAAGUCGAUCGUUGGAGUAUCGCCUGCGAGACGCAUCAUUUAUUCGAAAUCACCUUAUCUCGCUUCUCGACGAUCUAUGUAUCUCAGUCAAUGAUACGAUAUCAACAGUAAUCAAGGACAGUCCUUUCGCUGAAUCCCAACCGCAUGACUCCGUCACAGAUGAGUUGGCCGAGUAUUUUCAAGAGGAUGAAGUCUCGGAUGAGUCAGAGAUUGAGCAAAGCCUCCACUAUAUAGGUCAUGUCGUCGACUGCCUCCUCAGACUGUCUAUGACAAUAGCCAAUCCAACGCCACAUGAUCAGUUUAAGUCCAAAGCUGGAAUGGAUGCUGUUCAAUACUACGAGCAAUGGAAUUUGCAGCAUGUCGGAGAGAAAUUCCCAAGUGCUGCGCACAUCGUUGCCAAGCGGCUAGCCAAAGCAAUGGCCCAAAGGCGCCAGUACUUCACGUAUCGAGAGGAACAUGCCAACCGACUUUCCGAAGGGUUGGACGGGACUGAGGCUGGAGAGCAUUCAACAACAAUCGCCUCCUCUCUUCCUGAGCAUCUAAAGGAUGGCAGUAAUGUCACCACGAAUGAUCUUUCUGGUCUGGAUGAUGGUCGAUCCGAAACUUCUGGAACGUCUUACACACCGUCAAGUCCCGACUCACACCAUCCUCGAGUCCCACCAAUACCGAAGGAAUACGCUGAUGGGCCAUUCAAAUGUCCAUUCUGUCACACGAUUAUCGCGGUAGACACUAGGAGCGCUUGGAACCAGCUGUACUUGCGCCGCCAUGAAUGGAUGCAGCACAUGAUACAGGAACACUGGAAAACCUGGUACUGUUCAUUUGGAUGUUCCGAGACCUUUCAGAGCUCCAAAAGCUUUCGAUCCCAUACCACUCAUGCUCAUGGACAGCGUGUGAACCACAGUCACCUGGACACCUUGGAGAGUCUGAGCAGCAGCCACAACCCCGACAAAUCGCAGGGGACAUGCCCUCUUUGUUUUGACUUUGAUGUCAAAUCACCCAAGCAGUACAGCAAUCAUGUCGGAGAGCACCUUGAGCAUCUCGCACUGUUUUCACUGCCCCGCAUUGAAAACGAGGAAACCGAGCAAGACGAAGCGAGCGAUGGCGGUAACUUUACCAUCAAGGUCUCUGACGGCUCUGUUGUAAGCCCGCAAGGAUCUGAGACGGCAGGCGAUGAGGGGGGCGACAUCACAGUUUCCGCGCCGACUGGAUCCGGUAGACACAAUGAGGAUUUAACCUCGGAGGAGGCAAAAGACACGCUCGAGAGCAAAGUAUCGCGCAAACAGGGCCGCCGUGUGUACUCUGUUAGAGGUGUGAGGUGCGCAAAGUGUAUGUCCACGGGUAUAGACGUCUGGGUUAUACCUGGGCGUAAUUGCGCAGCCUGUGGAACUCCCGUCGACUAA